GCUGGGUGGGAGGCGCUGCAGCCUUUCGGUGCCAGCGGCGGCUCAGUCGCUUUGGAGGAUGGCGGAGGCUACUGCGCUUCUCGGGCUGCUGGGGCUGCUGCUACUGGAGGCGCCCGCCUCGCUGGCGGCUCCGGGCUGGGCUGUGCCGGUGGACGUGCGCGGGGACUCGGUGCGGGAAGCGGCUCGCUUCGCCCUGGCCGAGGCUUUCCCGCAAGGGCAUCCCCGAGGACUGUGGGCGCUGCGCGGAGCCAGGACGCAGGUGGUGAACGGAGUCAAACACUACUUGGAUGUGGUCCUGCUCCAGAGUCCGUGCAAGAGGGGGGAGAUUGCAGGCUGCAACAAUGCUUCGGGGGCUCUCCCUCCAGGAAAACCAGAGCAUGUGUCCUGCCACUUCGAGGUUUGGAGCCAGCCGUGGGCGAGCAACAAGAACCUGCUUAAGCAAGACUGCUAUCCCACCGCAGAACCAUUGGCUGAAAUCCAGGCGUCCAUGCUGGGUCCAUGGGAGACGUUUCCUCUGACCGGCCCUUUUGUGGGCGCAGCUGGGGAACCUUUGAGGCAGAUGGAGUCUCUCCAGAAUGCCUCCGCCCACCUGGUCUCCCUCUUCAAAGACUUUCUGACCACCUACAAGAAGAGCUACCUGGACGAAAGAGAAACCCAAAGGCGCUUCCGCGUUUUUGCUGAGAACUUGGAGAAGUCCCGUCUCUAUCAGGAACUGGAUCAGGGCACCGCAGAAUACGGAGUCACCAAAUUCAGCGACCUGACAGAGGAAGAGUUCCGUUCUAUGUACCUGAAUCCACUGUUGGCGAAGCUACCUGGCCGGCCAAUGAAAGUGGCCUCCAUCCCGAAUGGUUCGUUCCCCGAGGAAUGGGACUGGCGGGACCAUGGGGCUGUCACAGGGGUCAAAAACCAGGGCGAGUGUGGCUCCUGCUGGGCCUUCUCCGUAACGGGCAACAUAGAAGGACAGUGGUACCUUCACAAGGGUACCUUGCUCUCCCUCUCUGAGCAAGAGUUGGUGGACUGUGACCUUAUAGACAAAGCCUGUGGAGGUGGCCUGCCUUCCAACGCCUACGAGGCUAUUGAGAAUCUGGGAGGCUUGGAGACCGAGGGGGAUUACAGCUACCAAGGUUUCGAACAAAACUGUGGCUUCUCCAAGGAGAAAGUGGCCGUUUACAUCAACAGCAGCGUGGCCAUCUCCCAGGACGAGAGCGAGAUUGCAGCUUGGCUGGCCAAGAACGGUCCCAUCUCCAUUGCUCUGAAUGCCUUUGCUAUGCAGUUCUACCGCAAAGGCGUUUCCCACCCCUUCUUCGUGCUUUGUAAUCCCUGGAUGAUCGACCACGCCGUCCUCUUGGUGGGCUACGGCACACGUGGCCGAACUCCCUUCUGGGCGAUCAAGAACAGUUGGGGUGCAGAUUGGGGAGAGAAGGGCUACUACUACUUGUACCGUGGGAGCCACUCCUGUGGCAUGAACACCAUGUGCAGCUCCGCGGUGGUAGACUAGCCAGCUUCGUCCUCUCUCAGUCGCCUCUUUAGUGCUGGUAACGGUAUCCGGGCAGCGUCGGCCGUGGAGUUCCACCAGGUCCGGCAGAACCUGGCACGCAUCCCCCGUGGGAAGCUGCAGCCCAGAGAAGUGGAGCUGAUGCUACAGGAUAGAACCUUCACCCCACCAGGAUCUUCUCCAGGGUCCAGAACUGGCGACUGCGUAGCUCUCGGGUGGGGUGGGGGGGGGUUGUGUGUCGAAUACGCAUCGCCCCUCUCCAUGAAUUGUCCUUUCACCUCUUCUCUCACCACUGCCACCAAAGCGAUUUUUCAAUUAUUUUUUUCCUCCUUGUGGGCUGCAGACCCGCAAGAUCUUAAGUUUGCUUCGUUUUAACUUUGAUUAAUGUGUGUGUGUGUGUGUGUGUAAACCCAGCAGGCGAUUAUGACUCUGUGUAUUGUUGGAGCAAAACGGGAUUGAAAAGGCAGCUUGUCUUCGACUUACAAACCAUAAUUGGGAACUGAGUCAUGCCUGAUUUUACUAGCUUUUUUUGCCCAGGGCUGUUUAACCAAAACACUGUAGUUGUUAAAAUGAAUCAGGUGUCUUUUAAGUUAAGUGACUCCAGCUUUUCCCCUUUAACUUUGCUUGUUGGAGGCUGGCCGGGAAAAUUGCAGAUGGCGAUCACAUGACCCUGGGUUGCUGCAACCGUUGUAAAAACAAACCCAAUUUGGAUGCCACGGAUUCAAAUUUUGAUCACAUGACCCUGGGGAUUCUUGUAGCGUGAAUAAGACACUUUUUUCAGUCCUUUGACCACACAAAUGGUCGUAAGUCGAGGGCUACCCACGGCUAAAUUUAAGAGUUCCUGUGAGGCGAGUUGGGUGUCGAAACAAACCUAUUAAAUAAAUACAUAAAAAUAGUAUAUAUCAGUGCAACCUUUUGGAACUGUGAGCCGAUCCUUGGAGCUCCAACCUUAACAAUUAAUUUUCAUUAAGUUUUCAGAUGACAGCUCCUGCUUCCGUGCAGGAAGGUGACUUAAUAAGUUAUGGAGGGCAGAGUAAAUUAUAUUCUCAUUUAAUUACAGGGGAAAGUCUCGAUUGAGAACUUCCGCCAGAAGUAUAGAGGUGUGCGUAGUGUGCUAAUUGAAGGUGAGGUCUGACUUCUUGUAAUUUAAAUUGAAAAAAAAAUUCUGUAUUAGAGGGAUGUUUCGAGAAAUUCCUCUUCCUUGCGAGAGCCCCUUUUAGGAGCUCUGUCGGUAGGCAUCAUCAGUAUUCUUUUUUUUAAUUUGACACUCAGUAAAAUGCACUUGUAACAAAAAA